ACGUAAUUUUUCAAAAACUACAAAGUAUCUUUAUUGUAAAAUUUCGAUAAAUCACCAUAAUUUUAAUACAUUCACUAUGAUACCAAACAUAUUCUAAAGUUCCUAACUUUAUAAAUUUUCUUUACCAAUCACUUCAUUUUCCCACUUAGUAGCCACACCACUUUCUACUUUCUCCACCUCUUCUCAAUUUUCAUUGCUUCCUUCUUCUCCUCUCUCAAACAAUGCAAACAAAUAAAAAUAAAAAAGUUUCCAACUUUCUGACACCAUCUUUAUAGCAUUAAUGUUUUGGUGUCUCAAAAAUCCUUGUCUUGUAUUGGCUACACCUAAAGUUUCAUACUUUAACCUUCCUAAAAAAAACCCACUUUCAAUUAAUCUUCCAUUACAUAGAUUCACCUUUUUUUGUUCUUUGAGAAGAAUCUUGAGCUUCUUUCCAUGAACGAAGCUCAAACAGAAAUCAACAUUCCUCACUUGUUUAGAUGUCCUAUAAGUCUUGAUUUGUUGGAAGAUCCAGUGACUUUAACCACUGGCCAAACCUAUGAUAGAUCAAGCAUAGAAAAAUGGAUUUCUGCAGGUAAUUUCACAUGUCCUGUUACAAUGCAGAAGCUUCAUGAUUUAUCUUUUGUUCCAAAUCAUACUCUUCGCCAUUUGAUUGAUCAAUGGCUUCAACUUGGUUCACAAUAUCACCCUUCAACAAAUAACUCUGCUACCAUAGAUUAUUUAGCUUCAUUGAAAAACAAUCUUGAAUCUCAUGAUUCUACUUUAGAAACCAAGUUUAAAGCACUUGAGAAAAUUAAGGUUCUUUCUGAUGAAUAUUGUUCUUUUAGAAAAUCUUGUUUCCAACAACUUAGUUUCUUGUCUCUACUUUUGGAACUUGUUUUUGGUUUAUGUUUAUCAGAUUCUAAACUCUCAGAAAAUUACUUAGAUUUUGUGGAGUUAACACUUUCUUGUAUUCUUAAACUGUUACCUAUUGUAAACUUAGAACCUUUGAAUAUCAUCAAAGAUGAAUCUAAGUUAGAAAAUUUCAUAUUUUUAUUUGAAAAAGGAACUAGUUCAAUUAAGACUAGUUUAUGUCUUGUUAUAGAUUAUUCAACAACAGUAUCACAAACAGAAGAUUUAUGUCAUGUACUUGGAAAUUCACAAAAACUAGUACAUGAAAUUGUUCAAGUUGUUAUGAAUCAAAAUAGUGUUGAUAACGACGAGGUUUCUACGGCGGCAAUUAAGGCCUUAUCAGCAUUAUCUUCAUUGGAAUCAAACAAAGAGAGUUUAGUGAAAUGUGGAGCAAUAAAUGGAAUCAUAACAUAUAUUUCAAGAUGUGAAAAUGGAAAAAAGAUUAAUUUGGCUCCACUUGCAAUGGCAACAUUGAAGAAACUUUUGGUUUUGGAAAGUGGUAAAGAAGCAUUGGUGAAUCAUGUAAAUGGUAUUGAAACUUUGGUUAAAAUGGUUUUUAAGGUAUGUAAUCAAGAGUGUAGUGAAAGUGCUGUUGGAAUACUUUCAAUUAUUUGUAGUGAUUUUGGAAGUGCUAGAGAAGUAGCUAUUGGAGCUGGUGUUUUGAGUCAGUUAUUGUUUCUUCUGCAGAGUCAGUGUGGUACUAAAACUAAAACUAAGGCAAGAAUGUUGCUUAAGUUGUUGAGAUCUAAGUGGAGUGAGGAAUCAAUGCAAGUUUAAUUAGAUAGAUUGUACUAAAUUGUGAAUAAUAAUACUAUAUAGUAUUAUUAAUCGGUAUUUGAUUGUAUCAGUGUCGAUGUCCUAUGUUUUUUACAACACUGGUGUCGGCAUGUUUGUGUCUUUGUUGGGUUGUGUUUGGAGUAAGUACUUCGCGCACAUAUACAAUUUAAACAUGAUUGUCCUUUGGUAAGAAAGUAAUUUGAAUGAAUUGUGACAAAUUUACCAAUAA